CCGCGCGGAGGCCGGCGCACUUCCGGGGCCCGGCGCGCGGUCGCUCUCGCCGCCUCGCCUCCGCUCCUCCCGCGGCAGUGGUCGGGCGGGUGCAGUCAGAACGAGCCGCCGGAGCUAGGGGCGUGCGUGCACGUGGAAGGAGGUCCUCGCCCCCGUGGUCUCCGGAAAGGACGCCGGAGGAGAGGGUCACAUCUCCAGAGACUCGACGUCCGCCGUGGGCAUGAUCCACGAGCUGCUCUUGGCUCUGAGCGGGUACCCGGGCUCCAUUUUCACCUGGAACAAGCGGAGUGGCCUGCAGGUGUCACAGGACUUCCCAUUUCUCCACCCCAGUGAGACGAGCGUCCUGAAUCGACUCUGCCGGCUUGGCACAGACUAUAUUCGCUUCACGGAGUUCAUUGAACAGUACACCGGCCAUGUGCAGCAGCAGGAUCACCACCCAUCUCAACAAGGCCAAGGUGGGUUACAUGGGAUCUACCUGAGGGCCUUCUGCACAGGGCUGGAUUCGGUUUUGCAGCCUUAUCGCCAAGCACUGCUUGAUUUGGAACAAGAGUUCCUGGCCGACCCUCAUCUUUCCAUAUCACAUGUCAAUUAUUCCUUGGAUCAGUUCCAGCUCCUAUUCCCCUCUGUGAUGGUUGUAGUAGAGCAGAUUAAAAGUCAAAAGAUUCAUGGUUGUCAGAUCCUGGAAACAGUCUACAAACACAGCUGUGGAGGGCUGCCUCCUGUUCGAAGUGCACUAGUAAAAAUCCUGGCUGUGUGUCAUGGGGUCAUGUACAAACAACUCUCAGCCUGGAUGUUACAUGGACUCCUCCUAGACCAGUACGAAGAGUUCUUCAUCAAACAGGGUCCAUCUUCUGGUAACCUCAGUGCUCAGCCAGAGGAGGAUGAGGAGGAUCUAGGCAUCGGGGGACUAACAGGAAAACAGCUGCGGGAACUCCAGGACUUGCGCCUGAUUGAGGAAGAGAACAUGCUGGCACCAUCUCUAAAGCAGUUUUCCCUGCGGGUGGAGAUUCUGCCAUCCUACAUUCCAGUGAGGGUUGCUGAAAAAAUCCUCUUUGUUGGAGAAUCUGUCCAGAUGUUUGAGAAUCAAAAUGUGAACCUGACUAGAAAAGGCUCCAUUUUGAAAAACCAGGAGGACACCUUUGCGGCAGAGCUGCAUCGUCUGAAGCAGCAGCCGCUCUUCAGCCUGGUGGAUUUCGAGCAGGUGGUGGACCGCAUCCGGAGCACUGUGGCUGAGCACCUCUGGAAGCUGAUGGUAGAAGAGUCAGAUUUACUUGGUCAGCUAAAGAUCAUUAAAGACUUUUACCUCCUGGGACGGGGAGAACUGUUUCAGGCCUUCAUUGACACAGCUCAACACAUGUUAAAGACACCCCCGACGGCAGUAACGGAGCACGAUGUGAAUGUAGCCUUUCAGCAGUCGGCACACAAGGUGCUGCUAGAUGACGACAACCUGCUCCCUCUGCUGCACUUGACAAUUGAGUAUCACGGGAAGGAGCAUAAAGCAGAUGCCGCUCAGGGAAGAGAAGGGCCGUCUCGGGAAGCUUCUCCCCGGGAAGCCCCUGCUUCUGGCUGGGCAGCCCUCGGCCUUUCCUACAAAGUCCAGUGGCCGCUACACAUUCUCUUUACUCCAGCUGUCUUGGAAAAGUACAAUGUUGUCUUCAAGUACUUGCUGAGUGUGCGUCGGGUGCAAGCCGAACUGCAGCACUGCUGGGCCCUGCAGAUGCAGCGCAAGCACCUCAAGUCCAACCAGACAGACGCCGUCAAGUGGCGCCUAAGAAACCACAUGGCGUUCCUGGUGGAUAACCUGCAGUAUUAUCUCCAGGUGGAUGUGCUGGAGUCUCAGUUCUCGCAGUUGCUGCAUCAGAUCAACUCCACCCGAGACUUUGAAAGCAUCCGACUGGCUCACGACCACUUUCUGAGCAAUUUGCUGGCACAGUCUUUUAUCUUGCUGAAACCUGUAUUUCACUGCCUGAAUGAAAUCCUAGACCUGUGUCACAGCUUUUGCUUGCUGGUCAGUCAGAACCUGGGCCCACUGGAUGAGCGUGGAGCUGCCCAGCUGAGCGUUCUCGUCAAGGGCUUCAGCCGCCAGUCUUCACUGCUAUUCAAGAUUCUCUCCAGUGUUCGGAAUCAUCAGAUCAAUUCGGAUUUGGCACAACUGCUGUUACGGCUGGAUUACAACAAAUACUACACCCAGGCUGGUGGAACUCUGGGCAGUUUCGGGAUGUGAAAAUUUCUGCUUCAUAUACUGAGAUAACAGUCAAUCACAUCAUGUUUCCAAGCUCCCCUGUCACUCACCAAGUGUCUGCAACCUACUGAGGGCUCUGCCCUCUUCCCAUCACUCCCAGGUGGAAGAAGCCUGCCCCUAAGGUGGGUUCUUAUCUGACUUAUCAGAGAGCAUCUGUGGUGUCAGCUGUCACUCUGUUGACCAUGCACAGGUUCUGAUCCUUUCCGUUGUCCAUGUUCCUUUAUUUAUCAAUGACUUAUGAAUACCUGCCAUGGGCCUCGGAACUGUUCCAGCUGGGGAAGAUACAGCAGUAAAUAAUUAUUAAAUAUCUUGUGGUUCAGAUCUAAAAAAGGAAUUAUGCUUAUAAAUAGGCCAACUGCUGGAAAUUAUCACGAAGUAAGAAAGCCACACCUACGCCAGGCUUUCCCUCACAGCAAGUAAUUUCUACCUAGACAGAUCAUCUUUCCUAUUUCAGAUUGAAAACCUCCCACCCCUUAAGGAUCCUUAAAACUUUAAGACUGCUAAGAAAGCAACUCCAGCUAAUAACAAUAGGUUUAAAGUAGUUCCCCCCCCAAAAAAAGUUCUUAAAAUAAAACAUCAAGUCAAAUUGUUAGGUUUUUAAAUACUAAAAUUGCAGGCAUAAUUAUCCCAUCCUUGAUGAAUCACAGGAGUUGAGGUUCUCGAAUACGUGCCAAGCACCACCGGCAAUCACUGAUGUUCAUAUGAAUGUGGACCAAAAAUAAAGUCGUGAACAGCCCUCUCCAGUGUUCUGGCUCCCCUGUGCAGUUACCGAAGCCCAUCGUCAUCUCUGCCUCUCCCACUGUGUGCUGUGACACCCCAUCCAUUGCUGUUACCAACUGAAGACCAUCCCUUCCACUGCUGCUUCCAGAGGAAGGGCCCUGCUUAAAGGAGGACAUUAACAGGGAUGAUGUCCAGCAGCCAUGUUGGCAGUAAUAACAUUGGAUUUGACUGUAACCUAGAGCAUUUAACAUUUCCAAGUGUCUUCAUGUUGAUCUUACAGAGUCAUCCUAUCAAGCUUAUCAGUGCUUGGUCCUUUUCCCUUGUAGCUCUGGAAGUGGGAGAGUAUAGCCUAUGUUAGCUUAGCUCUAGAGAGAGAGACAUCCUUUUUCUAACUGUUGGGAAACUUCUAGCUGUCCCCAGUUCCAUUCAAUACUUGGCACAACUAUUCAUCUGAGCAUUUAGGAAACAAAGCGUUUUAGACAGCCUGAGGUAAUCUCUUGACAGUGAUACCACAAAAUACAGUUUACUCUUCUUAUUUUCCUUGGCUACCCAUCCUUGUGAGAAACCCCAGAGAAAGCAC